UCCCCGUCGUCGACAGACUGACCAUAGACAACUUGUGCAUUAUGCUAUCGUAUUUACAAUAAUAUAUUAAAAUAAUUAAAAACAUAAUAUAUCUGCUAAAUGAUUUUUUUUAAAUAAUUUUUUGAGCCGUAAAAUCCGUAAAUAAAUCAUUAAUAUUAGAGGCAUGUGAUUUGGCUGUGGAAUAUAUAAUAAUUAUUGAACACAUAUUAAUUAAUAUUACAUUAUGUAACCAAAAUUAUUACUUAUAGUUUGUAAUCAUCAUUCGAUUCGAUCCACAGCAACAGUUUUUGACGAAAUCGCGCCGUGCUCCAUUAUAAUACAUAUUAUAUUACUAUAUUCUUUCUCCGCGAGAAAUGUCUCUUAGACAUAUAACCAUAUUGUCACCAUCGUGGAUUCACGUCAUUAUACGUCUCAUAUUUACCUACAAUUUUACAGCUAUAGCAUCAAGUCCAGAAUAUUUGGGAUGUUUUUUGAACAUAGAUUUGAAUACUUCAAAUGGUUUAAAUAUAUCACUUGCUACUUUAACCCCUCAAGAAUGUUCAGAUGAAUGUCACACAAACAAUUACACUUACGCCGCAAUUAAUAACGAACCAUUUUGUCGCUGCACAAAUAAUUACAUGUCUAAAUUGAUGAAGGAAAUGGACGACGAUUGUAAUGUCUCAUGUAGCGCUGCAGAAAAUGAGUCAAGCGAUAUGUGCCAAACGCAUUUUAAAAUGUUUAAAACACAUAAUUCAACUAGAAUAGGCGAGGAAAAAUAUCCUCAAGCGAUCUAUCUCGGAUGCUACGGAGAAAAAAUGGGCGACGACAAAAACCGAUUACUAAAAUUUUUCCACAAAAAAUAUUGGGACAACACUCCACAAAAAUGUUCAGAAGAAUGUUUCAAAAUCGGAUUUCUAUACUCUGGAACAACAAAUGCAGAAGAAGAAGGUGCUGCUUGUUGGUGUGGUAAUCAAUAUCCUUCGAAGAAAUUCAAAACAAUCGAUACGAAAUGCAACUCUCUCUGUUCGGGUGACAGGACAAAAAAUUGUGGUGGUCUGUGGAGAUUGAGCGUUUAUUCCACUGGGAUCGUUGAUUAUCCACUCAAAAAUUCGGUCGGUUGUUACAAUUUGGAUAGUUUCAGCCAGUAUGACAAAAAAGUAUACACUUUAAAGGAAACCAUUGAUUCGCACAGGUGUUUUUAUAUUUGCAACGAAAGAGGAUUUAAGUACGCGGCAGUCAGCGAGGAUCAUUGCGAAUGUAGUUAUGAAAUACCUAGUGCAGACCAACGUAAAAAACAAGAAGAAUGUAAUCAAUGUACUGGAGACGAAUCGGAAUAUUGUGGUGGUCCCAACUCAAUAAGUGUCUACGAGAACGAUUGGUUUGGCAUAGCUACCGGAAAUUUAUCGAAAACGCAUUUAGGAUGCUUUGAAAACAAUUGGAUGUAUCCAAUAAUGGAUGGAUGGAAUAUAUCAUUUCCUAAAGAAAUGACCUCACUAAAGUGCGUUUCUAGUUGCUUCACACGAGGAUAUCCAUUCGUAGCAUUAGUUUCUUCGACAGAGUGUCUGUGCAGUUUCGUAAGUCCUCCUGUCGAGGCCAAGUUGAGAGCUGGAGAACGGCAUUGCAACGCCGCGUGUUCGGGUGGCAAGGAAAACGUGUGCGGUGAUCGCAACCACUACAACGUGUUCACUACUGGCCUGAAAACGUCCAGAGUGCCCGGUAACCAUUACCUGGGUUGCUACGAAGAGACAGAUGUAUACAGAGCGUUUAAAAAGAACCAGUCCGUCGAAUUCCCGUCCAUCAACACACCUAACAUCUGCUACAAGCACUGCGACAAGGCGGGCUACGAAUAUUUCCAACUUUCCAGCAGGGAGUCGUGUUUUUGCGGAAAAAGCCAUCCGGCGGAAGACGGUGCGAUACGGAUCGACGACAACCAGUGUUCCGCCCAGUGUUCAGGUGACGCAAACAAAUAUUGUGGCGGGACGUUUAAAAUCGCCGCGUUCCGCAUAGGAAUGGUUGCUGAUAAAAAAUAUAAUUGUUCAACGGAUUGUGAAUGUUAUUUUUUUCCGAAAUCCAAUGUAUCUAAAAUUGAUUGUUCAAGAAUAAAUCUUACUGACCCUUCUACAAUUAUUCCUAAUUUAAAAAUGACUUCGUCGUCUAUUGAUUUAAUUUUGAAAGACAAUGCAAUUGAAGUGUUACCUAAUUUAACAAGUUUUCGAAUCACUUUAUUGGAUGUUAGUAAUAAUAGUUUAACGACAUUGGAUGCCGAUCUUUUACCUAAAACCUUAAAAACUUUGUUCGCUAAUAGUAAUAAGUUAACAACCCUGAACGAUAACGUAUUGAGUUUAAUGAAAAGUCUAAACGUCAUAAUGUUAUCGGACAACCCGUGGCCAUGCGAAUGCGAUUUGUUGAAAAUCCUACUAAAGUAUAAAUCAAAGAUCGGAGAUUUGAAGAAAAUCACUUGUGCGUCUUCCACGGAUCCAUUUAUCCACAUGAACGAAUACGAAUUUUGUAAAAAAUGGAAAAUCAAUUAUUUUUACCUCCUUAUUGCCUUGGGUUUCAUUUUGUUUGUUUGCUUGCUGUCCAUCUAUUUUAACUUACACAGAGCCGUUUGGUCGUACAUGCGCAACGUCCAAUGCGAUUCCUGUGGUCUUAUGUCCAUGCAGCACGCUAAUAAUGCCGGUAAAGAUUCCGAGGAAGAAACUUUCAUGCAACGCAUCCAAUACGACGAACUCGUGUUGGCCACUGACAACUGGAACCAGAACCACGUGCUGGGUGAAGGCGGGUUUGGAGUGGUGUACAAAGGCAAUUGGAGACACACGGACGUAGCGAUCAAAAGAUUGAAAGCCGAGGGAGUUGCUGAAAAAGUAAUAAACAUGCACACUCUAGGUAACAAACUCCAGCAGAAUCCGUCAAAAGAGAUUAUGUAUCUAAACGCCGUUAAACACGAUAAUGUACUGUCCAUGUAUGGAUUUUGCUUCCAUUCGACGGGAUCUUGUUUGAUAUAUCAGUUCAUGGCAAACGGGUCGCUAGAAGAUCGAUUACAGUGCAAAAACGGAACUAAACCAUUACUUUGGACGACGCGUGGAAACAUAGCGACGGGAAUUGCAAGAGGAUUACAGUUUUUGCACAAUGUUGAAACACCUUUGAUUCAUGGCGAUAUAAAAAGCGCCAAUAUACUUUUGGAUUCUAAUCUCGAUCCCAGAAUAGGAGAUUUCGGACUCGCGCGGACUGGUCCGCUGGAAAAAAUUGACAAAAGCAUUGGAUUUGAUAUCAGCCACGUGUGUGGUACAAAGCCUUAUUUACCUGAAGAUUUUUGUAAGAACAAAAAAUUAUCGACCAAAGUGGACACUUACAGUUUUGGCGUGGUGAUGUUUGAAAUCGCGACCGGUUUAAGAGCAUUCAACAGGUACAAAAAUUACAAAUAUUUGAAAGAGAUGGUGAAUAAGCACGAUAACUCUACGAUUGCGAACAUCGCCGACAAAUCGGCCGGAUAUGAUCCAUUUCAUAUUUUCGAAGUACUCAUAACUUUGGGAAAAACGUGCGUGGCAGACAUAGCUGAGAAACGUCCUGAAAUGGUCGUUGUUUACAUGAAUCUCCAAAAUUAUUUGUCAUCGAAAUCCGACGUAAAUAAUGUUGAAGCAAACGAUGUGAAGUAUAACAAGAAUACGUCGAAAGUACAGUUAGAGGAAACCAAAAAUAAGGAUUUCAUAAAAUUGGAUGGAAUAAAAGCAGCUUUGCUAGCACCACUCCACGAGAUACCGUCAAUAUCGAACUUGUACUCCAGUCCUGUACACGAAACAACCGAUCCUCGUAAAAUCAUUACCGCAGAAGUAAAAUCUAACAGCAAUGAGAUAUCGGUGAAAAAUGGGUUUAAGUACCGUAAAAUAAGAUAA